CAUCGCCGUCCCGGGGCUUUGGCCAGCCCCCCACCCUUUGCUGUGCUUUUCUCUGCUUUCUGUUCUGUUGUGGCAGUGCGCGGCGAAUUCCUCGUCCGUCGCCCCCUCAUUCAAUUUUUAUUUUUCCUUUUCGCCUCAGCCUCCGAUCGCCGGUGCAGCGCCUGCUCUGUCGCCACCCAAUUUUCUCCUUCAUCGCCAUCUCUUUCUGUUGCGGGAUUUGUAUCAUAUCGAUACUUGAGAGGCCAGAGUUCCAUAACUCUUUGCGUGGUGUAGUGGUCAAAGGAGCUCAACUUAGAGCUACGCAAAGGGAAUUCUUAACGCUAAAACAACUUUGCAUGAAGGUUUCGAAACGUAGGGGGAUCUACAUUUGUGUAGUGUCUUUAUUUACGGGUUUCCUCACCAUGGCUAGAUCCAAGCCAGUAUCAGCAGUUUCAGAACCAGCUCCAACCUCGACCACGACCACGACCACGACCACAAGCUCAUCAAAACAAGACGGAUCAGUCACACCACCGAACUGUAAUUCUAGGUCUGAAAUCUCUCCACUUAGCAAGGCGAUGGAAGCUUUGGACAUCCGACCUUUCAGUCUUGGUAACAAUGCAAUUAACUUGGACAUGUCGGAUAGUCGGUGUGGGUCAAACAUUAGAUCUAAGGUCGUAGAAGAAGAAACCACCCUCGAAGACAUGAUUGUGGGCUUAAUUCUCAAUGGGCAAUGGGAAGUGCUCGAACCCAACAGCGGCAAAUCAAUCGUUCUAGGCAAUGGCAAGUCUGUGUCCGUGAGCUAUCAGGAGGAGCAGGGAUCUGGAUAUCGUACCUGGGAGUGGCACGGGCAUGUCAUGGUCUACGAAGAUGGUGAAGGGUACGUGCCAGAAUAUGUAUAUGGAAAUUAUUUUGAGCCAUUGGAAGAUCAAUUUGAACCAGACUUUAGUGGCAUUAACAGUAUAAGUAGUGCUGAUCCCAGAUUAGGAUUGGGACGAUAUAUUAGUGGUCUAGGUUUUGUGCUUUGAAGCACUAAAUGCGUUAGAGUCACUUCAUUUCCAUUUCAUCACGUAACUGUGAAUUUCCAUUCGAUUCUUUUGAGGAUGUUAAGACAAUCCUUGUGAGUUUGAGAAAUAGCGAUUAUAUAGAAUAGCUUUCAGUUUGUACUUUAUUUACUUUAAAAAUUAAAAAAUUAAUAAAAAAAAUAAAAAAUAAAAAAAACACACAUACACACA